GUUUCACUGUGCUCAAUGUUGUUUUGUCGUGGUGAUUAUUAAUACAAUAGGUUAGAAAUGUGGCUUCUGUAAAUAUAAAAACACAGUUUUAAAGCAAAUACCUUUAAUAUUUUAUCCUCACAGUCGUGACUAGAUUUUGAAUCAAGCAGGAAUAUCUGGAGGAGGAUCAUCUGAACUGAGAUCUGCUGCUGUGAAUAUGGUGUUUGUUAAAGAGGAGAACAUGAGUGAACCAGAAACCUGGAGCAUAAAACAAGAGGAACCAGAAACCUGGAGAAUAAAACACGAGGAACCAGAAACCUGGAGAAUAAAACAGGAUCAAGGAGAGUUAAUUGAAGAAAAUGUGGAGAAUGAAGAACUGCGUGAAGUUGAGGAGAAAAAUCAUGUCGAAACAGGAGAAAAACAUUUGAGUUGCUCUCAAACCAGACAGAAAGAUUUAAAGAAAAUAAAAGCCAAGAAAUCUUUCACCUGUCCUCAGUGUGGAAAGAGUUUUACAUCCAAAACAAGUCUUGAACGUCACAUGAAGAUCCACACUGGAGCAAAACUGUACUCAUGUGAUCAGUGCGGUCAAAUAUUUUUGAGGGCUUCUGAUCUGAAGGAACACCUGAAAGUUCAUACACCGGACAAGCCACAUUCAUGUAGCUUGUCAGGAAAGGGUUUUUCACAGCCAAUACAUUUAAAAGGUAAUCAGAAAAUGCAUACUGCUGUGAGAGAGUACGUGUGCUCUGAGUGUGAAAAGACUUUUACUACAGCAAGCAGUUUAAAACAGCACCAGAUGAUUCACACUGGAGAAAAACCUUAUAAGUGUUCACACUGUGACAAGAGAUUCAGAGAUUUAACACAUCUGAAAAUACAUGAGAGGAUCCACACUGGAGAAAAACUGUUCACAUGUGAUCAGUGCGGGAAGAGUUUUGCACAAACAGGACAACUUACAGAGCAUAUGAAGGUUCAUACUGGAGAAAAGCCAUUCACUUGUGAUCAAUGCGGGAAGAGAUUCACACAAUCAUCAAACCUUAAGAGCCACAUGAAGAUCCACACUGGAGAGAAGCUGUACUCAUGUGAUGAAUGUGACAAAACAUUUUUGAGGGCUUCAGACCUGAAGAAUCACCUGAGAGUUCAUACAAAGGAGAAGCCACAUUCAUGUCAUUUGUGUGGAAAGAGUUUUUCAUGUUUACAAUAUUUAACUCUGCACCAGAAAAUACAUGCUGCUGUUAGACAGUACAUGUGUUUCGAGUGUGAAAAGACUUUUACUACAGCAAGGUGUUUAAAACAGCACCAUAGGAUUCACACUGGAGAGAAACCUUAUGAGUGUGCACACUGUGACAAGAGAUUCAGUGUGUCAUCAAAUCUGAAAACACAUGAGAGGAUUCACACUGGAGAGAAACCGUAUCACUGCACUGAAUGUGGGAAGAGUUUCAAACAUUCAUCUGCUCUACACAGACAUACAAAACAAAUUCACAAGUUAAUUGAAGAAAAUGUGGAGAAUGAAAAACUGAGUGAAGUUGAGGAGAAAAAUCAUGUCAAAACAGGAGAAAAACAUUUGAGUUGCUCUCAAACCAGACAGAAAGAUUUAAAGAAAAUAAAAGCCAAGAAAUCUUUCACCUGUCCUCAGUGUGGAAAGAGUUUGACAUCCAAAACAAGUCUUGAACGUCACAUGAAGAUCCACACUGGAGUAAAACUGUACUCAUGUGAUCAGUGCGGUCAAAUAUUUUUGAGGGCUUCUGAUCUGAAGGAACACCUGAAAGUUCAUACACCGGACAAGCCACAUUCAUGUAGCUUGUCAGGAAAGGGUUUUUCACAGCCAAUACAUUUAAAAGGUAAUCAGAAAAUGCAAACUGGUGUGAGAGAGUACGUGUGCUCUGAGUGUGAAAAGACUUUUACUACAGCAAGCAGUUUAAAACAGCACCAGAUGAUUCACACUGGAGAAAAACCUUAUAAGUGUUCGCACUGUGACAAGAGAUUCAGAGAUUUAACACAUCUGAAAAUACAUGAGAGGAUCCACACUGGAGAAAAACUGUUCACAUGUGAUCAGUGCGGGAAGAGUUUUGCACAAACAGGACAACUUACAGAGCAUAUGAAGGUUCAUACUGGAGAAAAGCCAUUCACUUGUGAUCAAUGCGGGAAGAGAUUCACACAGUCAGCACAUCUUAAGAGCCACAUGAAAAUCCACACUGGAGAGAAACUGUACUCAUGUGAUCAGUGCGGGAAGAGUUUCACACAAAAAGGAAGCCUUAGGGUACAUAUGAGAGUUCAUACUGGAGAGAAACUGUACAAAUGUAAUCUUUGUGGACAGAGUUUCAUGCAGUUAUCAACCCUUAAUGAUCACAGAAACAUCCACACUGGAGAGAAACCGUACUCAUGUGUUGAAUGCAACAAAACAUUUUUGAGGGCUUCAGAUCUGAAGAAUCACCUGAGAGUUCAUACAAAGGAGAAGCCACAUUCAUGUCAUUUGUGUGGAAAGAGUUUUUCAUGUUUACAAUAUUUAACCGUGCACCAGAAAAUACAUGCUGCUGUGAGAGAGUUCAUGUGCUUUGAGUGUGAAAAAACGUUUACUACAGCAAAGUGUUUAAAACUGCACCAGAGGAUUCACACUGGAGAAAAACCUUAUGAGUGUGCACACUGUGACAAGAGAUUCAGUGUGUCAUCAAAUCUGAAAAAACACGAGAGGAUCCACACUGGAGAAAAACCUUACGAGUGUGCACACUGUGACAAGAGAUUCAGUGUGUCAUCAAAUCUGAUAAAACAUGAGAGGAUUCACACUGGAGAGAAACCGUAUCACUGCACUACAUGUGGGAAGUGUUUCAAUAAUUCAUCUGCUCUACACAGACAUACAAAAAACAUUCACACACUUCUUGAAAACUACAGACCGGUAUCACUUCUUCCAUUCAUUCGCAAAGACACUUGAGCGAGCUGUGUUCAACCAGCUCUCUAUGUUCCUUGUACAGAACAACCUCCUGGACAGCAAACAAUCUGGCUUCAAAAGUGGCCACUCAACUGAGACUGCCCUGCUCUCAUUUACUGAAGCCCUGCGACUGGCAAGAGCAGCUUCAAAAUCCUCAGUACUCAUCUUACUGGACCUUUCUGCUGCUUUUGACACCGUUAAUCACCAGAUUCUCCUGUCAAUCCUCAGAAAGAUGGGCAUCUCUGAAACAGCACUCCUGUGGGUUAAGUCCUACCUCUCUGACAGAUCCUUCAGUGUGUCUUGGAGGGGUGAAGUAUCUAAGUCACAACAACUUUCUACUGGGGUUCCUCAAGGCUCAGUACUUGGACCACUUCUCUUCUCCAUCUACAUGACGUCAUUAGGAUCUGUCAUUCAGAAGCAUGGCUUUUCUUACCACUGCUACGCUGAUGACACCCAACUCUACUUCUCAUUCCAACCAGAUGACCCGACGGUAAUUGCUUGCAUUUCAGCCUGUCUGAGUGACAUUUCUAGCUGGAUGAAUGACCAUCACCUUCAGCUCAAUCUUUCUAAGACAGAACUGCUGGUGGUUCCAGCUAACCCAUCGUUUCAUCACAACUACUCUAUACAGCUGGGUUCGUCAACCAUAACUCCGUCCAGGACAGCCAGAAACCUAGGAGUUGUGAUGGAUCAUCAGUUAAGCUUCACAGACCAUA